AUGCAACUAAAUCCUGAGACAAGGUUCCCAUUGCGAUUCUCCAGUAUAUUUCGUCUUGGACAUCGAUUGAUUGACGAACAGGGUGGAAGCGGCAGGUUCCGUUACCACAAUAGCCACGUAUUCUUUCGCCGCACGCGCUUCGAUCAUUCCGGUUUGCUGGUGGCGAGUCGAAGACAAGGAAGUUCACUUCGGAAUGAAGAGACUUACAAGCUCGAGGGCCCGGUGAUGCCAGGCCUAGGGGGUAGGACGACGCUGUUUGAGGAGGCGACAGGCAGAAUUCGACUUGAAGAUGUAAACAUCCAACCAGCGUCCUUAGUCAACGGGGUAACAACUAACGGAAUUGGCAAGAUAGGCCAAGUGGCGGACCAAGGGAAGAGGUUUGUGUGGUUAUGCAUUGGAAUUGAAAUCCUGCGCCUGCCCAUGGAUCUUCUCGAUGUCAACAACGUCGUAGGCUUGCGUGGAAACGUCGUCGGGUACGACGUAGCACGGGGGCAAUGGGAGAUAAUGGCUUGUGCUAACCAGAAUCACGGUAGGUGUAAGCGGUGCGAUUGGUCAGGCCGAGACGAGGUGUGCGGAGGAGCCGGAGGCAGCGGGGUUUGGCACCGAGGCGUUGUCGCUCAAGGGCCUGCAGGCGUCGCCAAAGGCACUAGAGUUGCGAAAUCUGGAGCUCGAGAGGAUGCAGUGGCGGGGACAAGCGUAAGGCGCGGUGUUUGUUGCCUGCCGUUGUAUAUUUGUUCAUAUUUUUCUUGGUCCCAGACUGUAUUACUCACGUGUAUAAAAUUGAAUCAUAUGUGUAUGUAA